AUGGGGCCGGUCUCGCCGGCGGAGAGCACGCUGCCGCCGCACCUGGCGCGCGAGCUGCUGCAGAGGUACGGCGACAUCCUGCGGGUCGGCCAGCUCCGGGUCAACGGCGAGCUGGUCACGUGGGAGACGGACACGUGCGCGGAGAGGCAGCUGGCGAGUUUCUGCGCCCGUUUCUGCGAGAGGUUGGUGCAGCUCCGGCCGGAACUGGCUGGUCGGCCCGAGCUCGCUGGGGCGGCCUUCUGGCUCAGCAAGUCCGUGUCGAUCAACUAUCCAUUCGCGCUGCCGUGCGCGGUGGCGGACAUCCUCAUCGAAGUGCUGCUGAUGGUCAGGCAGCGCACGGGGGCGCUGUGCACCAUCGAGACGCGCGGGGAGCAGGGCGGGGCGCUGGUCGAGUACGUCGUCGACGUGCCCCGCGAGGAGGCCGGGGGCUGCACGCUGCGCGUGGGGCUGCGGUGGCGGAAGCGGGACAACAUAGUGUUCCGCGAUCCUGCGACGGCGGAGAAGAAGAUCAAGGGCAGCCUCAUGCACCUGAGCACCGAGUUCUCCCUGCCGCCGGACCCGCAGCGCGUGCCGCGCUACAGCCUGGACCUGCGCCUGCGCAGGGCCCCCGCCGCGCAGCUGGCGUCCAGGCUGGCGUGCCGGAUGUCCCCCCGAGGGGGCAUGGCGCCGGCGGAGGAGGAGGUGUUCGCCGACGAGCCGCUGGGCCCCUUGGAGGAAGAGACCUGGGAGGGGCUGGGCGACCUGGGCGAUGCUGACGAGCCCGUCGCGGGCGAGGUGUUUGCCGACGUUCCCCUGACCCCCGUGGAGCAGGAGCGCGCCCCCGCGGAUGGCCUGCUCGUCGGCGGGGCGAGCGGCGCGAGCGAGGCGUCGACCGACUGCGAGGAGCCCGGCCUGGCCGCCAAGGCGCUGCUCCCCAGGGGCGAGGAGGAGAGCCCGCAGUCGCCUCCCUGA